AUGGCGCAAUCUAGACUAUCCAAUAAACCGAACGUUAUAGGGUUUCAGUAUGAGCCCCAGAGAGCGCCUGGCGCAAAUGAAAUGCCCGAAUUUAAUGACUCAUCUGACGAGGAUGAAGAAAGUGCGAAACCUCCAAGAAGUACCUUGAAUAAGGACAAAUGGUGCUUAUGUAAAAACUGCGAGGUUAUGCCAUCGCAGCAAGAAUGCAUUUGUUGUCAUGAAAUUAACGAGAUAAAGUACGCCCAUCUGCACGACAAACAUUGCAUACUUGACCAUCCGGACUUUGAACCAGUCGUGCUAUUGAAAAACAACCUUUGGACGGCGUUAGUGGGCUUGCACGAUAGAGAAAGUCGUGGUUUAUCAAGCAGGAAUAAUGUUUACAACAGAUCUUAUAGAUACGCUGCUUAUCGGCAGUUUUGUUGGUUUAUCCACACCAGAUUAGGAAGAAGUUGUACGUCGAGUGAUCCCAGCUUGUGUAGUAACAAGGAUUCGUCAAGAAUACCCGAGCCCUGA